AUGUCUCCAAGAUAUCAACGGGAUGACAAUCACGAACCCAAUCAUUACAGAUACACACCAUACUACCUUCGCAGCCCAAACCACGAAAAUAGAUCAAGUCAGGCAACAAAUCCUGUCCUAGCGAUACGACCCCAUUCCCCUUUGAGAACGAUGUCACCCACAGAUGAAAUGCUAAAUCGACUUCAACACGAACGCAAUCCAUUAGCACCACACCUAUCACUCCCAAUCCCAAGAGCUUCAACUCCGGACUCUCUCCAGUCCAGUACCCAUGCACACCCACCUCGCCCACCUCGAUAUUCAGAAAUCCCUGAGGAACCUCCCACAAGACUGACCUCUCCAUUAAGCACUCGUUUACAUCGAAUGCUUGAAUUAUUCGAACGACUGCAUGGUGCACGAGAACUCUGGCAUGAGGUUCGGGGAUCGUUUGCUGAAAUUUGGGAAAGUACACGAAUGGAGAUGCAGGUUGAUGGGUGUCUUGAGGGCUUUGAGGGUGAGUUGUUGGCUGUUGAGACGCAGUUGGGUAGGAAUAGGGAGGUGGGUGAACCUGUCGGAAAUAUUCAGUCUGGAGGACCUGUGAGGUUGGGGAGAGUCGUUGAAGGCGAGAGAAGUCGAGAACCAUCCACAUUGGAGCGGAUAGUCGCCGAGAGGGCGAGGCAAAGAACGUUGGCAGCUGAAAGAGCCCAAAACCGACAUCUGGAUACUCCCAGGGACUGCUCAGAGCACCAAUACAGACUAAGAACCCUCGAAUUAGCACAAUCUGAAGUGCCGGAUAUUAGUUUGGAUGCCCAACCAAGCACAGCAGUACUAUUGGCGUCAGAUUUGCAGCCUGGAGGAAGACUUACAUGGGGACGCUACGUUUACGAUCGCGUUUGCCUUAUGGAAGCUCAGAAGUUCUUGGAUACAAUAGAAUGGACAGCCUUUACCGACGAUGAGCUCUUCGCACUUCGCAAGAAGCAUUUGAAUCUCAUGUUUCCAGAAGAAACCAUUGAUAGUAUAGAGAGCUAUGUAAAUUGGCCCGCCUUCACUUCCACUCCAGAAAUUUGAGCUCAUUACAUUAUCAAAGGAAGGCUAAUUAAUGAUCUCAAUAGGAACGUUGUGACAAAAGAAGGACCGAUGAGAUACGACUCCGACCUGCUAUUGAAAGAUUCUUUCUCGCAGAAAUGCAGCGUGUUGCUCAAUUCUUCGUACACUUCUUUACCGGAGAAGAAGGUGAGAAAGGGUUGGAAAACAUAGUUAAGGAAGCGAGAGAAGAAGUGCUCGCUACGCUCGAACCCCGUGAUGAAGACACAACAAAGUCAUUCAAAAUUCGUCAGCAUGAGCGCGUACUCGAGAUUUGCCAUAGGGAAAUGGCCAAAGUUGUUCAUUAUGUCAAUCAACUUGACAUGCGAAGGCAAGGCGAUUAUUUGAUCUGUAGGUUGAGGCUAGAUUCCUGCUAUCGAUUGAUUUCAAAAGGGAGAGGGAGGGCAACCUACAUGUAUAUCUUUCAGCGGUGCCUGAAGCUUUUGUUUCCACGCCAGACCUGGGAUACCGAGGUGCAAGUGGUAAGUGAACUGUUUUCACUGCUUGACGUUUGUUUUUGAUAUGGUUGCUUUAACACUCCUUCCCGGAUUGAAAAAUUAUUCCAUGUGGAUUAUUUCGCCGUAAUUGAUAUUGAGUUUACUGACAUGUUUCCUUCUUAUAGGCGAGCGGCAUGAAGCAAUUGAGAGAUCUUGAGACGCAGAUGAAGAAGAGAGAUCGAAUUCAUGCAGCCCUAGGCCGACAUGUUCUACAAAAAGCUCAUGACCAAUUUCGUGGACGAACUGAUGCCUUACUGCGCACGUUUCCGGUAGGUCUUUCCCAAAGCCUUCCUUGUUUUGCGGAUUGGUUGGGAAAGUCUGGGGCACCUGUUACCCUCCUGAUACUCUUCCAAUUCGGGCUUCCGUCUAGCAAACUCUGGUUAUUGUUGAAGUGACAAUACUGACUCUCGGACAUUCCGCAGAAUAUUUUCUAUCGAGUUGAUGUUCCUGAAGAAGAGAUGGAAUUGUAUUGGGUUUUGCAUCCUGCUUUGGUAUCUUUCCCUCCCGGUGUAUGGAAGAGCCUCUGCUUAUUUGCUAUCGUAGCCAUCGAACCUGAGAGUACAACGAGACCCUGUGCAUAGUUUGAAAAAGGUAUUUUGUUUUCAGAGUAAAGUUGAUUGAGUCUUCCUAACUUGAAUCGUAGUUUGCCAAGAAGCAGGUGUAUAGUAUCUGUCGUAUCUUCAUCUUGGAACCUCGCGAUAUCGCAGAUCGAGAUGGGUAUUGGAAUGCGGCCGAAUGAUUCUAGCGACAAGGAAACCCCAACGUCUUUUGCGCAUAUGAGAAGUUCCUCUAGCUCUCGCCAAUGUUGGAUCAUGGAAAGGGGGUCGGUUGCAAGAUAAGUUUGACAUUCAUGUGUAAUCCUUUGUAGACGUUGUUUGUUAGCUGGUGUAUCAUUACUCGGUGGAUUUGGAAGCGCAAGCAACCUUUGG